UCUCUAGGACAGAAGCAGGAACGAGUCUCCAGAUUUGCAAAUCUUUCAGAGCUCCUGGGGCACAUCUUGGGUCCCAAGAAAUCUCUUAAGUGUGUUCCGCUCACCAGCAUUCACUUGAGAGGAUUCUAUGAGUUUCUUUAGCACAACAGGUAGUAAAAUGUGGCCUUCCCAAUAUCUACAGGUAGAACUACCCUCCCAUAAUGGGGUGGGGAUAGGAGAAGAACCACUCAAUCUGUGGAAAGAGCGAGGCAAUUCCUCCAAAUACCCCCAGUGAAUCCCUUCCAUUUCCCAGUCUCCUUUAUACUGGGUGUGGGUGACGGAGACAAGAGUCUCAAGAACAGGGUGGCCACUUUUUAUUUAGCGCAGGAGUUGGGUCUAGAAGCUCCUAUUUACCACGAUUCAAGACUAUCAAUUUCCCUUAUUUGUGUUUCAGUGAAGAUUCUGAGUUCCCAGGAAGAGCCCUUGCGAUGGUUAACUUUAUGCUUUAAACCGAGUAAACCAAAGUACACGGACAUUUGAUCAAAUAAUAAUCUAGGUGUUACCAUAAAGGUAUUUUUAGAUCAGAUUAACAUUUAAAUUAGGUGACUUUGAGUAAAGCACACUACCUUUAGUAACGAGAGUGGGCCUCAUCCAAUCAAUUGAAGUCCUCCAUGGAAGAAGGAAUUCUGCCUUCAGAUGUGUUCCAACUUGAUGUACAACAUCAACUUUUCCUUGGGUUUCCUGCCUACCAGCCUGCCCUGCAGAUUUUGGAUUUGCUAGCCCACACAACUCCACAGUGACCUGAACCAAUUCCUUUAAGAAAAAAAUUAGAGUUAAAAAGAUUAAUGCGCAUAUCCUAUUCUGUUUCUCUGGAGGACACUGACUAAUGCAGCCCUAUUUAACAUUCCACGUAAUUCUACAAAGACACAUGCCUAACUUGUUUUGCUCACUGUAGGAACCAUUAUCUACCUCUGGUAGUCCCUGAAUGCCAUCCACUGGGGGAAAAAUUCUGUUUAUCAGUACCUGGAAUAGUUCUUUAGCUCAAUACUUGAUGGAUAAAUCAGAAGGACUGCAUGAGAGUCACAGCACAUACGGUGAAAUGAGAAUUUUAUACAGCCACAUACACUAUCCAUCUGAUUGUGAUCUGAGUUUCCAAACUGUCCUUCCAAAAAUAGGAAAUUCAAUCGAUCGUGGUCAACUUCAGAUUUCCUCUGUGUCACCCAGACUCUGUGUUCUCUUGUGGGCUUGAAUUGUACUUGCCAGAAAAAGUUCGCUGUGAGUACAGAGUAUUUUCAUUAGAUGUUGUUCAAAGAAAUUGCAUUUCUUCAGCACCUUUUGCCAAAUGCUUGCCCCUAGCCACUGGUUGCCUGGGAACAGUCCCCAGCCCAUGUACUGCAUCUCUCUGUUGCUCUCCCUCCAUUGCCUCUGAGUUCUGCAGUGGCCACACUGUGGUUGUAGAAGGGUUUCAUCGUGAACAUCAUUUAAUAGAAGAAUAUCUUCUAAAUUAAUUCCAAAUUGAAAACAGAUCUCCAGUUGCCCAGAAACGUGGGCCUGUGAUUGAAGCACAUCACUUAAUUCUAUUAUAAUUGAGUGUGUUGCACAGUUUGAACAUCACAGUUUCUAAUUAAAAUAGCUAACAUUUACUAAAUGCUUGCUGUGGGCCAGGCCUUCUUCAAAGCAUUAACUAAUCUUCCCAACUCUUGAGAGGUUGGUACUAUAACAAAGCCAUUUUACUGAUGAGAACAGAGGCCUUAGAGAGGUUAAAAUUACUCAUCCAUACCAAGUGUGGUGGCCCAUGCCUGUAAUCCCAGCAGCUUGAGAGGCUGAGACAGAGGAUGGGGAGUUCAAAGCUAGCCUUAGCAAAAGCAAAGCACUAAGCAAUUCAGUGAUAUCCUGUCUCUAAAUAAAAUACAAAAUAUAGCUGGGUAAUCCCCAGAACAGGAGGGAAAAAAAUAUUACUCAUCCAGAGCCACGUGCCAGUAUGGCAGGGGCAGGUUUCAGAUCCCAGGAGUCUAGUUUUAAAGCCCUUUGUUCUUUACCACAAAAAGAAUAUCUUGCCUGAAAAUCAGCCUUGUCUUUAUAAAUAGAUGCUUACAUACUUUGCAAAUCAUAUAACUGUAUAGAUUUGUUUUAUAUAACCGUAGCUACACCAAAAAGACUUGACAGGAACUUAUGUGAAAAGAAAGUUUUUGGUUUUGGAAGGGGGUUGUUUGUUGUGUUUACAUUAAAGGAGAUUUAAGAGAAAUGACAGGCUAAAAUAUAAGGAGCUAAAGAGAAAAUAGUACAUCAGAAAUGCAUUCAAGGGAAGUGCCCAGGUUUGAAUAGAAAACUUGCAAGGUUUCUUGGCUACCAGGACAAAAAGAGGAACAUAGUCAAGUUCAUAUCUUUCUUCAUAUGAUAAAAAGGAAGCAUGGCAUUUUACUGAGAAAGGUGCAAACUUACACAGAAUCAGAAACUCUUGGGGUGGGGCCCAGAGAUCAGUGCUGUGCCCAGCUGUCUGGUGGUUCUGGUGCAGACUCAGGUUUGAGCAUGGUGCUCCACGUUUGCCAUUCUCAUGUUUCCAGAUGCUUCUUUUCUGUCUCUCAUAGCAUCUAAGUCAAUCAGUAGCAGGUAACCAGCUAAGCCAGACUGUAGACUCUGUAUCCCCAAACAUCUCAAACCUUGAAGCUUCAACAGCCUUGGAAAUGGAAUGAAUCUAAGCAGAUACACAAGGGUAAAUUGCUUCUUGUAAAAUCCCUUAUUAGUUUGCCUUCCCAUCUACUCUAAUAUUCCUCCAAAUGGGUUACUGUAUGUCCUGUAUGUCUUAAAUAAUGAAGAAGCCCAGAGCUAACAGCUCAAUUUCCUAGCAGUCUUCCCACUGGGAAAAUAAAGAGAAAUUACCUUUCUGGGUUGUAUGUUGGGGUAUCAGGCUCAUUCUGCAGAUUUUCCCAUUUUCCUGUGGCUAUUAACAAAACUGCAGUGGGGAGGAAUUGCCCAUCCAUACUCAAAAAUUGGAGUGGUGGCAUUUAUGUCCUCCCUAGAAUGACACAGAGUCCCUGGUCAUCAUCAAUUUACUUAGAAGGACCACUUUUUUAAAUAAAAAUAUUCCUAACUCUUGCCAAGGUUUAGAAAGCCAGCUAAGAAUUCUCAAACACUUGAUUUCAACUUUGUGACUAAUUUCCUUGUGUACCUGCUCUUGACAUGUGGCUGACAAAUGGGUGUUUUAUGGAAGCCAUAGCAGACUGUUUGGCUUUUAUUGUGACUAAUGAUGCAUCGUAAACAAAAUGGAAUGUGCAUGUGUUUUAACCUCAGUCAAUUUGCAUUCCUUGAGAUGAAGAUUGGAAAAAACCAGAUAGCCUUUCCCUAAAGAACAAUAGUUUUAAUUUUGUUGUUGUUGUUGUUAUGGGUCUUACAAUUCUGCUUAAAAGUGGACUUAAAUAAGCUUCACUGGGCAAGCAGGAGCCUGAAGGGUUCGGUGUAUAUUGUCAUUAAUUGAUGUUGUGUGGUCAUCUUGUACCGGACACUGAUAUUUGCCAACCAGAACAAGUGAGGAGCAUGCUCAUAUUUAAAAACAGAUAUGUAGUGUCAAUAAACUACCCAUUUAAAUAGGGGCCACAUCCCCUGGAACAGCCCAGAAUGUCUAUUUCAUGUAGUUCCUUUUUCAAUUAUCCUGUCCCUAAACUUAUCUGCUCUCUGUCCCCCUUGGCUAGUGUCUUAGCCCAUUUUGUGUUGCUAACAGAAUACCUAAUGCUGGCUAGUGUAUAAUGAAAAGGGGUUUAUUUGGCACCAAAUUCUGGUAGCUGGAAAGUCUAAACAGCACUGUGCCCGCCUCUGAGAAGGAGCUCGUGACUCAUCACCACAUGGCAGAGAAGCAGAGGGGAUGUGUCAUGGGCAUAGAGGUCAGACACAUGGGUCAAUCUUCCUUUAUAAGACUCACUCUCAGAGUAGCUAGUCCAGUCCCAUGGAACCUAACCCACUCCUGUGAGAGAUGGGCAUUCAUCCUUAUGAGAGUUUUGCCCCCAGGACCCCAAACACCCCCUAAAUACCCCCAACAUCCCUUAGCACCAUUACUUGGGGGACCACACCUCAGCAUGUGUUUGGGUUAGAACAAACCGUAUUCACACCACAGCAGCUAGAGAUCUCAUUUCCCUCUUUAUUGAGCAACAGAGGACAUCUGCCAAGAAAGCUCUGGCUGCUCCUACUCAUCUUCAUUUCAGGAAAUCUCCUCACCUCCGUUUUUCCCAGUUUGCCAACCAUCUCAACAACAGGAGCCUCUCUCCAAAGAUACCACCUGAGCCCCAAAUGCCCCCAGAUCUUCUUCACCUGUUACCUCUUUGUCUCUUGUACUUUCCAUACCGUCCUGUCCUCUAGCAUCUCCACAGGUUUACAAACUCACACUCUGGGUCCCAUCUAUCACUCUCGUUCCCUAUCAAUUUGACACCCCCAGAUUGAGAACUUCAUCUUCUCUCAACAGUCUCUCUUUCUAUCACUUCUUUCUUCCUAGAAUUCUACGCCCGAGUUAUCUUGGUAAAAGACAUGUCAAAAACUCAGGGGUAUCUAAAAAGAAUUAGAAAAAAAAAUUUCUGAGUCUCAAGGUCCUCCAUGUCCACCUUGAGGCCUUGAACUUUCUUUCCCAGAAUGACUACCCGUGCACGCUUCUCUGGUUCUUUGAGCAUUACACUCACCUUCAGACCUCUGAACUUCUACUCUUACAUUUCUCCAUCUGCAGCAUCCUCUCUCCACUUAUUGAAAUCCUCAUCCUCAAAUGAAACUGUCCCCCUUGCUUCAGUUCAAAUCAAUGACACCCACCUCUGUGUACCCAUCUUACACUUCUAUUGUAGUGCCGCCUUCCCUGGUGAUUAGUUGUUUGUGCCUGAAAUCAGGCACAAACAUUUCAUUUUUUAAAGUCUUUCCCCAGUGCCAAACAUGGUAAUUAACCAAAAUUAGAUGUUGAAGCACUGAAUUAAAGUGUGUGCUAUUAACCAAAUGGAUAAUCAGGGAGGUACUAUAAGGAACAAAAGAAGGUUAGCUCAUUUCCAUUAGACAUCUUCUUCUGCAAUAUUACUUCAGUGUAAUGUAAUCAUUACAUCUAGAAUUCUUAACUGUUGAUUUAAAUUCUUAUCAGAUAGUCUCAUGAAGGAGCCUUUUUUGUGUGUCAAGUAGAAAGAUCAGACUGGGAUUAUAAAUUCUAAAUCACAGCCCUGGCUCCUCCCCACAAAGCCACCUGCAUGGGUCUCAUAUCACUUAACCUUUUAGGAAAACUCAGUUUCCUCAUCUCUAAAGGGAAUUGUCACUACUUUAUUCUUCCUAAGCUUUCUACCAAGGUCAGGCUAUUGCUGUUUUUACCAUCACCAUUAUUUUACAGCAACUUUUUUUUAUAUAAAAUCCGCUACUUAUUGAGCUUGAUAAAUCCUAUUUUGUAACAAUUAUAUAGCAAAGUGCACAGAACUUUGACUACCAUGAGGACUACUUAAUGGUUAGAGGUCCCAAUUUACAAAAUUAACCCUCUAGGUGAAAGAGUUAGACAGUUCACAUCUUCCUAUUGUUGCCAAGAAUAAAAUCUACUGGAACAAAGAUACUAGGAAGAUUGCCCAGCCCACAGUUAGAUGGAGACAGCAGCCAAGUAAAUGCUCAUAGUUAUAAAUGUGGAGGGUGCCUUUGAGAGACAAUUAGAAGCCUGGCAAUCAUAACAUAAUAGAGCUCUUAUUUUUACAACAUAAAUAGCACUGGGUCUGGGAACAUAACUCAGUGGUAGAGUGCUCGCCUAGCAUGUGUGAAGCCCUGGGUUCAAUCUCAGCACUGAAGAAAAAAAACAGAGUUAAAUAUUAACUGCACUAACUGAGCAUUUCCUGUGAUGUUGAGUUAGGUGCUGUUAUUCCCAAGGUUGAGAAGGUUGACAUGGUCCCCAAAUAAGCAAUAGCAGGAGCCUAAAAGGCUGGAAAUGAUUAGCAAGUGCAGAAUGAAUCUAUUAGAAAAUCAUUCUCUUACAGUCCCAAAGAAAGUGACUGGUCUAGACAGCAGUCACCAGUGGAUGGUAAAACCACUGGCUGAAACACACCUAAGUCUACAGCACUGGUUGGUCUCAACGUCACUAACCAUGGGUCCGAGGGUCUUGGGUAACUCAUGAUUAACACAGUAAGAAAGGACAUUACACCUGUGAAGUCUUCUUGCCUACACAUAUUGAACAUGAAUAUAGUCAAAGCUUUCAAUCUAGCACCAGUUUAUAAGAAGCAGGGGGCCUAAAUGAAGAAGGUGAGAAGCGAUGUGAGUGUAGGAUAUUCAAUAGCAGCGGUACCCCAUCAGGGCCCCAGAGGGCUUCUUAAAUCACUGGGCCUCAUUCCCAAAGCCCCUGCUUACUAAGACCUCAGAAGAAAAUUGACAUUUGUACCAAAUUCCCAGGAAGCACUUCAAGGGAGCACACUUUGAAAACCACUGCUUACCUGGCUAUUCAGUAAUAUGAGAGGGAGAGGGGAUGUGACAGAAUAACAUGAAUUUAAAACACACACAAACCUGAUGCAAUGCAUGGACUUUGCAUCUUAAUUCAAAGCAACUGAAAAAGAAAUUUUUGAAGCAACUGGGGAAAUAUACAUAUGUCGACUGGAUUAGGGGUUAAAUUAAGAGAUUACACUCCAUUCUGUUGAGUGUAGUUACAUCGUGACACUAUCAUGAAACACAUUUUUAAGUUAGAAAAGUAUUUUGUUACCACCAAGUGACAAUAUUCCUAAAGAUGAUGGAUUAAAAAGGGGGAUUAUCAAAAUACUAAUAAUUGUUGAAAUUGGCAAUAUAUGGGGAUUGUUAUGCUAGUCUCUCUGUUUGGGGAUGUAUUUGAAAAUUUUCAUAAGAAUUUUAAAAAAUAAUCACUGCCUGCACUGGACAAUCUCUUCUUACAUGGGAUGACACCCUCCUUCAUCUGAAGAUCAAUCUGCCAGUCGCCUCAGCCAGCCCUUCAAAAAAUGAAAACCCAACACUCAGAAAUAAGCAAAGACACAUUACCUUUAUACUCUAGAAGUAGCUGUAACAAUGUGAAUUUUGGCGGACUCAGCAUACAUCUCCGUCAAUGAUGGUGUGUUUGCUUCUCAUCCAACAGCUGAUCUCCCGAAGGAGGAUUGCUGGAAGUGGCUAUAGAGCCAGCAGGAAAAAUGACAAUUCGAAGCUGGACAAAUAGAAAAUGGAAAAAAAAAAAAUGUGUAACAGAAUUAGAUCAGCCCAUUGUGCGAUACUUGGCCUUUAUAAAGCAUUUAUGUGUCAGUUACCAUUCUGAUUCUCUUAUUUAUAUUAAUGCUAUUAAUCCACAGGGUAACCGCCUGAGCUUGGCACUGUUGUAAUCGGUACUUAAUAGAUGAGCGCACUGGAUUGUGGAGAGGUUAAGCAACUUGCCUGAGGUCACACAGUAGAGAGCCUUUGCUCUUCACCAAGGCUAGCACUGCUUCAUUAAUAAGAGUGAAACCAUAUCCACUGUCAUCUAAGACAUAUUGGAGUUAAGUGGAAGUUUAAAAGGCAAUGUAGGCAUUUUUCUGGUUGAAAAUUGUUUUAAAGGGUUUGUAAAGUCCCUAAUGGAAUAAACUGACUAUUUGGAAAUCUCCCUAAACAAAGCCUGGUAUGGGAGCAAAGAGCAUGGACUUUGGAAUUACAAAGACCUGGUUCAGAGUCUCUCUCCACCUUUAACCAGCUGUGGUUCUUAGGCAAGAUACUUGACCUCUCUGAUCCUCAGAUGUCUCAGUUUAAAGUGGAAGAAGUAACACAACAUAUAAGGUUCAAAUGAGUUAAUGGUGUAUGGGUAGUUAGUUCAUAUUCUCCUUCAUCUGGAAAAGCUGGUGGUGGCAGACUAAUGACUUGUUACUUUAUAAAUAGGCAAAAGAUACUCCAUAUCCAGAAUUUACAAAUGUGAAAUUCCAAUUAAAGAUUAGGCAUGUUCUAGAGGGAACGCUUGUAACACCGAAGGUCAAGAGCCCAAGCCAUGAUCAUGAAUGCCCAUUAAUAUCUCAGGGUCGUCGUGUGGAUGGUUAACUCUUAGCCAGCUUUCCCUCUGUCCGGAGAUGCACAUGCCAGGCUUCCUGCCAGGCCCGUAAGCUCUGUUCCCAGUUGUAAAGAAGAAACUGUUCUUGGAACUGUGGACCAGCAGUGUGCAUGGGCAAUUCUGCUUUUCUUUUUUCAUUUUCUUUUUUUUUUUUAAGGCUUUCAGAGCAGAGCUGAAAGGCUGAGGAUCUGCACACCCGCAGGCAGCUUGAAAGACCCCUCAGAUUUGCUAACUUGGGCUGACCCCUGCGGGGCAGCAGGAAGAGAAGCCAGAGCCUGCUGAGGGCCAGGCGCUGUGCAUUGCAUCCUACCCAGGAGAGGGACCUUGCCAACUGCACAAACCAGGCCCCCCAGGCACUGGAAUCCAUGUUUUAAGUAUAGAGCUGGAAACCAGGCUUGAGCCUAAGCCUUACAUAGUUAAAAAUUGAUGUCAUUUAUGGAAAUAAUGUCUUUAAUAAUUGCUGGCUUAAUGAUGGGAUGGUUAGUAGGAUAUUACUUAUAAAAGCAAAAAAAAAAAAAACCCACUUGGAGGAAUCUAUGCAUCAGGUGAGAAUAUUGAUGAGAAUGUGGACUAUUCUUAGGAUGGAAUGCAAUAGCUCUACAAAGCCUUCUAAGUUUAUCAACAUAGAGUCAUUGCUAAAAAAGGGUAAAAGAGGGUAUAGAACACAUCCCAUAUGUUAAUUUAUGUUAAUUUUAAGUAGAAAACAGAUACAAAGGGGUAUAUCACAAAUCUAUAAUAACAAUUGUAUUUUAGGAAGGUGGAGAGGAAUCAGCCUAGAUUUGUAGGUCAAAGGUGAAUUCAACUUUAUCUGUUAUAUUUUCUUUCUUUUAUUCUAAAAAAGAUCCGUUGGAAAUGAAUGGAGUCUGGAAGGCUGAGGCAAAAGGAACUGCACAUAAAUACUGUACUCUGGUUGAGAAAGUCAUUUCCCACAGUGGUAGAGGCUGGCGGUUCUCAUUUUGCGGUGCAUGUAUACUGAAUGUGAACAGUUAAGUAAAGGGGCAAAAGACGGUGGGAUCCAGGUUUCUCACUGUGCAGGCUGAAAUGUACAGGUAAGCAAGAGUGGGGAGGCUAGAAUGAUCCAUGGGCAGCGGGACAGCAUUGGAGACAUGAUGGAGAACUCAUACUCAGCUUAAUAUAGAUUAAGACUAGCAUGGAAUUCAGAUGGAAUUAUUUACAGAUGUAUUUAUAGACACCUGCAUAUACACAAGUUUGCAUAUGCAAUAUAAUUCUGCCACCUGAGUGAACCUAAGAGAAAUGACACCCUAAUAGCAACAAGCACAUCUGGCACCCAGAUGCUUAUAUCUAGUGCCAUCCCCAGUAAAAGGAGCAGGGCUCCCUGAAACAUGAGUGUGUCUGGGACUGGAGUAUCCUGCAGGGCCAUAAAGAAGGAGUUCUUAAAAAGAAAAGAAAAACUUAGGGUUCUCAGUGGCUAAAGGUGGAUGCAUUAAAGCAGCAAAACAACAUUGUAGGAUUGGAUUAUGAUCCAAGAUAUGAAAUAAAAAUACCCACGAGUCAAUACUAGUAUAAGCAAAUGAUUAAAUAAUUAACUAAUAAAUGGUAAGAAAAAGGACAAAUAUCCUACACAGAAUAAUUUCAAAGUGUGUAAAUGUUGGUUGGGCAUAACUCCUACCCCUUAAAUGCAGGCGGUGCAUAAUGACAUUCUUCUAAUGAACACAGUGUGGAAAUGGAGGGGAAUAGCCACCGUGGCUGACAGACACUGUUGGCCAGGUGAUCAAGGUUGAUGUCCACACUCCUAAAUUAGGCUGGUAGUAAGUACACAAUGAAGAUGGCAUUUUAUCUCUGUGAUCUUCCUUCUGAAAACUUUUAACUCCAGUCUAAUAAUAAGGAAACUGUUAGGCAAAUUUCAGUAGAGGGGCAUCCUACAAAAUAUGGGACCACUUUUAUUCAAAACAGACAAGGUCAUCAAAAAGCUUGUGAAAGCUGUGCACAGUGGCACACGCCUGUAAUCUCAGUGGCUCAGAAGGCUGAGGCAGGAGGAUUGAGGCAGGAAGUUCAAGGCCAGCCUCAGCAACUUAGUGAGGCCCUAAAGCAACUCAAAAUAAAAUAUAAAAGGGCUGGGGAUGUGCUCAGUGAUUAAGUACCCCUGAGUUCAAUCCAUGAUACCAAAAUCAUCAUCAUCAUCGUCAUCGUCAUCGUCAUCAUCAUCAUCAUCCUGUGAAAAUGUCAUAGCCAAGAGGAGAGGAAGGAAAAAUGACACCUAAAUGUGAUAUGGCAUCCUGGAUGGAACCCUGGAGCAGGAACAGGACAGUACGUAAAAAUUAAAGAAAUCCAAAAUAAAGUUAUCCUGCAUAACUUUCUCUAAUCUCUUAAUACCUCGGAAUUAGAAAAUGGAAAUUUAGAGCAGAAUUCUGUCCAGAUUAUGUGUAUUGGUAAUUACAGUGGACGACAUUACUGUUUAUUUGUUUGUAAUAGCACUGGUAAAUCAAAAAUCUCUACGAGUCAGGCCAGGAUCUAAGCUCAAAAUUGUUGAACUUCUUUAUACACAAAUCUUCAUGCAAGUAGUGGGGCUGCUUUCUAAAAAUGGAAUUUUAUACCUACUGGCAAAUUUAUAUGCUCAGCAAGGUUAUGCCCAUUUUUAUUGUCACUCUGUAUCUGAGAGCACCUGCAUCCUGUUGCCUAGAAACCCCUAGAUUCCCAUUAUGUUCUCUGUGAGAUUGAUAAGCAAAAAGAUCUUAUCAAACUGUGUUUUCAUUUGCAGUUCUGUGAUUGUGAAAGGAAUCGAGCAUGAUUAUUUUUCAUGUUUACUGGCAUUUUGUUUUGCUUUGCUUAUAUGAAGGACCUGUUCAUGUCAUGUGUCCAUUUUCCGUCACUUUAUAACAGCUCUGUAUCAGUGUUUUGAAUAUUAUCACUCUUCUGUCCUGACAUCUGUGACACUAUUCCACAUUCCACUUCCUCUUGCACUUCCAUGUACACGCAAAAGGUCGGUGGCCCUCAGCCCUGCUUCCCGCUGUUAUCCCCGGCUUGAGCUACAUAAUCUGUGCAGGUGUCUGGCUCUCCGAGAAUGAAAAUGCAAAAAGAGCAGGAAUUGUGGCGGCCUUGUUAGUGUGACUAAUCCUUUCAGGACCCAGAGACUGAGGAGGUUCCUGGACUUUGACUACUCAAAGUAGGAUAGUCCUGAGACAACAGAGACAGCUGGCCAUCCAACAAGGUAAGUUAGGUGCGUGGUAAAUUCUUGAUGAAUGAAGGCAUGCUGACUCCAUGACUGCUCUUCUAGCCAGAUCACUCCUUUGACAACAGAUCCGCCUCUCUGACUGCUUCACAGACAGCACCACCUGAAUGCACAGACACGGCAUUUCUGAUAUGUCUAGAAUGCUCUCCCCCCCCCAUCUCGAUGAGCACACCUCCUCCUUGGUCUUUGCUUCCUUGAUGAACUCUCUCUCUAGCGAUUUAAAACUUUAGUUAUCCUUACACAUUUUGCAACAGUCCUCAAUUUUGCAAGGCAGCUGACUAGGGUUAAGGUUGUAACCUGAACUUUGAAACUGCUCAGAAUUCUGGGAACUCCAGAACAGCUUCAUCCUAUCUGAUUCUAUUCGCCAGUUCUUUGACUCACAGGGCCGCUGACUUUGCUUGCAAGUUUCUGAAGAAGGAUGGUUGUGUUCAGUAUUUUCCAGGGACUAUUAGGUGAAAAGUAUGGGAACAUCCGAAUCCCCGGAGAAGUGGAAGCCUCAGAAUUUGAAAUGAUUUUGGAUGCUGCCAUAGAGGCAAAGAUGGAGACUAAGCUACUGGAAGAGUGGUACUGUCGAGAUGAGAACUCUGUGCCAGCAGCUUAUUACCUCAGACCCAAAUCAGAAAUGCUGAGAAGCAAUAAGAAUGCAAUGCAGCCUCCUGCUAAUGCUGAAAAUGAGAAGCCGUGGCAAGAGAUAUCCGAUGAGAUCAAGACGAUAUUUAAAGCUGCUGUCAAACUGUUACAUGAAAAGGGUAAAAUGAAACACAGCCAAGCUAAGAGGUACCUGUUCUCAGCUAUCGAGGAUGAGUUUGACUUUGCUCUCGGCAAGCAAACUCCAGCAUUCCUAAAGAAGUGUGUUUGCUACAUUAGAAAAAUUGCUAACAUUGAGCGCUUUGUGAAAAUCCCAGAGAUGGGAAAAUACAUGGAUAUAACUGGAGCAGAACCAAGGAUUAUUCGUGACCCAGAAGCCCAAGAGAAGCUGAUAAAACUCAGGGAUGAAUUUAUUCCUACUAUUGUCGCAUCAUCUAAUCUGAGAGUAUACACAUCUGUUACCCAUUGUGACAUGAAACUGGGCUAUUCCCAAGAAAUAGAAAAUCAUUACAUAGAAGGACUUGGUAAACAGUUUUAUGAGGACAUGAUUGAUAUAAUUCAGGCCACAGUACAGCAGAAUUUUGACACUGAAACUGAUACACUCUACGAUGAAAUCCUUCAGCAUUCGUCAUUAUGUAAAACAUAUGCCUCCUUCUAUGAGUACAAAUGUGAAGCUCUAAACAUUGUGCAUAAAUACAUUCUUCCAAGCAAAACUGGGCACAUCAACCCUCUUAUUAUAUAUGGUGGACCAUGCACUGGGAAAACCCUCCUGUUAGCUGAAGUAGCAAAGAAGGCUUAUGGCUGGCUACAUGAAGACACAGGACCAGAAUCUGACCCAGUAGUCGUGGUGAGAUUUCUAGGAAUGACAGACAUGAGUACCGACCUCAGGACCCUCCUUCUGAGUGUUUGUGAACAACUGGCGGUUAACUAUCGGUGUCUGGUUCAAAGCUACCCUAAGAAGAUCCAUGACCUCCGGGACUUAUUUAUAAAUCUUCUGAAUGAGUCUUCACUGCAGAGACCUCUAGUAAUAAUAUUUGACUCCCUGGAGCAGCUCUCAGAGAACGACGACGCCAGGAAGCUCUGGUGGCUCCCAGCUCACCUUCCACGCUUCGUGCGGAUAGUCCUCUCCACACUGCCCAACAAACACGGGAUCCUGCAGAAACUUCGGUGCCUUAUCCAUGACGAUGAUAACUACAUCGAACUGAUUCCCCGGGACAGGAAGAUGUGCAGCCAGGUCCUCAAACACCAGCUGCUGCGGGUCAAAAGGAAGGUCACAUCAGGCCAGCAGAUUUAUGUAAACAAUGCGUUCUCCAAGUGCACGCUGCCCAUGUUUGUGAACCUGACCUUCAGAGAGGUGAGACAUUGGAGAUCCCACAAAGACGUGGAUGAAUCCUCCCUCUGUGUCACUGUUCAUGAAAGCAUAGAGCAGUUAUUCUGGUCCUUGGAGAAGAAAUGUGGCCAGAAACUGGUCUCCAGGGCUCUCGGUUACAUCACCAUGGCCAAAAUGGGUUUGAGCGAAAUGGAACUGGAGGACGUGUUAGCCCUGGACAACAGCGUUAUGAACGAGCUCAACGAGAACACCAGGCCCAGCAAUCCCCUGAGAGUACCUUAUCUGUACAUCGCAAGGCUCAAGGAGGGUCUCAGUGGAUAUUUAAUAGAAAGACACGUGAAGAACGUCACCCUCCUGGUCUGGGCUAACAGACACCUGCAACUCAUAGCCCAGAAACUGUAUCUGCAGGAUGACAGCAGCCUGCGUGAAAUGCACACCAUCUUGGCUGACUAUUUUCUGGGGGUCUGGUCAGGGGGCAGGAGGAAAGCUUUCUGCCUUGAAGACCCCUAUUUGAAUGGCUGCCUUGACUUGGAUAGCAGAAGCCUGCUGGAGGAAGAAAAGCACUUCCUGGAACAGGCUUCCUUUGACAGGCAGGCCCCUGAUCAGCCCUGGGUUUUCCAGUGCAAUCCCCUGGAGCCCGACAUCUUUUUCGUCAACCACCGGAAAAUGUCUGAGCUGCUGUACCACCUGACGAGAUGUGGGAAAACUGAUGACCUUCUUUAUGGCAUCAUCAUGAAUUUCAGCUGGCUUUACACCAUGAUCAAAAUUGGCCAGUUUGACAAAGUGCUUUCCGACAUUGAGCUAGCUUACAACUACUCCCAAGAGAAGGAGCUGAAGUUCUUGGCCAGCACCCUCCGCAGCAUCAAAACCAAGGUCAUUGCAUUUCCUGGCUCCCUUUCAGCAGAGCUACAGCAGAGACUGCUUCCUGUCGUAAGCUCCCUACCCAAACUUAGACACCUUCUUUUAGAAUGUGACAAAGAUGGGCCCAAAUAUUGCUCCAUCGUGCCAUUGCAUUCAUCCAUGGAUGUGACCUACAGCCCCGAGCGUCUUCCCUUGUCAUCCAGCCACCUGCACGUCACGGAGAUUCUGCCCACCUCCAACCCCAGCACCGUCCUCACCGCUCUAGAAAAUGGUUCCAUCAGCACAUGGGAUGUAGAAACUCGCCAGCUACUCAGGCAAAUCACUACGGCCCAGUCUGUCAUCCUGGGCAUGAAGCUCACCAGUGAUGAAAAAUACCUUGUGGUGGCUACAACAAAUAACACCUUGUUGGUUUAUGACAAUGUCAAUUCUUGUCUCCUGUCUGAAGUGGAAAUCAAAGGAACCAAACAUGGAAGUGGCUCCACCUACAUCAACGGAUUCACACUGUCUGUCAACCACGCCCUUGCCUGGCUCGAAGCCAGCAAGGAUGUUACUGUCAUUGAUCUGCUCUAUGGAUGGCCCCUUUACCAGUUCCACUGCUGGUAUGAGGUGACCUGUGUCCAGUGCUCGCUGGAUGGGGUGUAUGCUUUCUGUGGGCAGUACCUGAACACUACCACCAUAUUUCACUUAGGGAGUGGAGAAAAGCUAUGUACCGUGACAUCUGAAUUUUCGGGUGGGUUUGUGAAGUUUCUUCUUAUCUUGGACACAGCUCAAGAGAUGGUGAUGGUGGACAGUGAGGGAAGUCUUUCUGUUUGGAAUACCGAGGAUAUUUCCAACCCCCAGCUGACGGAUGACUUUGACUGCAGAAGAGAAGACAGCGAGGUGGUCAGCAUUGAACUUUCAGAGGACCAAAGUGCAAUUCUGAUCUGUAAAGCUCUUAGCAUUGAGCUCUUACAUACCGGCGUAUGGAAGGUAGCUGAAAAGUUCAGAGCCAAGCAUAACGAACGCUUCGUCUCUGCUGUGCUGUCCAAAAAUGGAGACUGUAUCAUCGCGACCAUGGAGAAUACUCCAGCUGUAUUUUUUUGGAGACGAGAUACAGGACAAUGCAUGGCAAGCUUACAGGAAAUCUCAGGUACCAUAGUUAAGUUGGUGAAAUCUAGUCACCACAAUAUGCUACUGUCUUUAUCAAGCAGUGGUGUUCUUUCUAUUUGGGAUAUAGAUAUAAUCACAGCUAUGUCCAACAUAGAUAAGACUGGGAAACCCAUCCAAAGUCUGGUGUUGCCUGCUAGAGGGGAAAUCAUUUACUCCCUGGACGGCUCUGAUUGUGUUCAUAAGUGGAACUUCAGCAGUGGGUUCAUUGAAGCAGUAUUUAAGCAUGAAGGCAUAGUGGAACACUGUGUGUUAACAUCCGCCGGAGACAUAAUGGUGACAUCAGAUGACAAAAGCAGCCAGUAUGUCUGGCACACCAGCAGUGGGGAAAACCUCUUCCGAAUCAAUGGGCAGAGAAUCUCUCAGCUGCUGAUCACACACAAUGACCAGUUUGUGGUCUCUCUCUGUGAGGAGAAUGCCUCCAGGGUUUGGAGACUGGCCACAGGCCACAGGGUCUGCAACAUUCUGACCACUUUGCAAAACGCCUUUAUUACCUCCGCAAAUACCUUCGUGGUGGGAAUGACUAAAAGCAAAGUGUUGGCAGUCAGCCUUUGGACAGGAAGUAUCACCAAGAAGUUUUGCUGUGAGGACGGAAUCACCAUUGUGAAUUUUAAACUGAUCCCCGACUGUCCGGACAUCAUCGUGUUCAUCACGUCAGCGGAGACUGUGAACAUCUGGAGUCUGACAGAUGAAGUGAUCUGUCACCGUGUCCAGCUUCCAAACAACUUCUUGAAAAAUCUGGAGGACUUUGAAAUUUCUCCCAAUGGAAAGUUAGGCAUUAUAUCUAGGGGAGAUGAAAAUAUCAACGUGCUCGAUUUACAUAGUGGUAAAUUACGAGUAGUCCACGCCUCUGGGGUCAUCUGGCGGCAAAGGCUGUCUCGGGAUGGUCGCUACCUGGUCUACAUUUGCUUCCGAAAUGGGGAAGAAGAGGAAGAAAAUGGUGCCAUAUCCAGCUUAAUUGUAAUGAGACUGGCUGAUGGCAAAAAUAUCGGUGCUUGUUCCCUUUACAAAACGCCAACUUUCCUUGCACUCUCUCAGAGGCACCUGAACAUCAUUGUGGGCUUUGAUGAUGGAAGCAUAGGAAUAUACACUGUAGUGGACCGAGUAGAUGCUGCACUGAAAAUCAAAAUUGCCACUUCCAAUAGCAGGCAGAUUUUCAACAAUGCAACACAGACAUCCAGACCAAAGUCUAACAGUUACUGUUUUAAAGUAUCUGUGGAUUGCUUAUGGAGAGAGUCCACUGAGGUCUUUGCAAGAGACAGCCCCAUCACUGUCAGCGACUCCUCCGAGUCCAACGAAGCCACACCCUCCAAGAAGCACAAUUCUUGCUAUGACCGGGUGUGCUCUGCCCUAGAAUCCAGGGGUCACAGCUAUGCCCCUGAUAACUGACAAAAUGUCUCUCCCACCCAGUGAAAAUACACAAUCAACAUACAGAAGAAAAGACAAGUGUAUCUUCUGUAUCUCCAAGGAUAUACUACUCGUUACUAAGAGACAGGAAAGAUGCUGGCAUUUCAGCGUCUUAUUAACAUGCUCAUGAAACAGAGAUGUGAGAUUGGUUUUUGGGUGCCAACUUUUUGUCAAGGCAUAUUUAGGAAUGGAGGGAUGACAGAAUUUCUAGAAGUGAGAUUUAAAUAGUUAUUUCAUCUGGAAGAGAGAGGAUUUUGAAAAAGCUUCUAAAUUAGCUGUGUGGUAAGAAGUAUCAUAGGUCAUUCCAUUGGUUCAGAUGAGAGGGACUAGAGUUAUAUGAAAACCAUUUGGACUGAAAUUAGUUCUACAAAAUCCAGUUGAAAUCAUGAAGACAAAGAGUUGUUUGACUCCAAAUGAUUUCGUGAUAAGUAAAACACAGCCUUAAUCUCUCUUUACAUUUUCCGAUCCUGACAACUGUGUAAACCUAGUCUGCAAAUGAAAGGUCUAAAGGUGCAAAAUCAUGUAACAAAUAUGCCCAGUUGUAUUCCCAGUUUCCCGAGAGACACAACAUAAAAUAUGAGACCAUGAACUGGACUGGGACAAGAACUAACUACCACCAUCAUAGGGCUAUUGAACAUGGAGAGUCAGUCAGUCUUUAAUAAAAUACAGUUCCAACGAUUGCAUGCAAGGGUUUCUCUGUAAUGGAACAUAUGAUUUUUAAACUACUUAUUUUCUGAGUUGCAAUAUAACACUUAAUAGGAAAUCACCAUCUUUUCAGAUCUUUUUUUGAAAUGCAUAUUUGUGCUGAGUCUAAAGAAUUACAGAAAGGGCAUUACAAAUUCAAUCAAAACACCUAUUUGUUCUUAUCGUCACACUAACAAGAAUAUGUACUACUCAAUCAGUUAUAUGGAAGCAUAAAUUAUUUCCUACAUCCCUGCAGUAUACAUCAAUAGAAAGCAAGCUUUCUUAAUAUGUCAUCUCUGAAACACUGAUGACAUUUGCCUUACUCUCACUCCUCUUCUUUCCUGUGUUAAACGCAGAUAGAUGACCAAAUACUCUGGGACAAACUUAAUAUGCCUGUCUUUGUGCUAAAAUAUUCCAGAAAUCUUAAGGGUGUCCAAAGGUUCUUUAUUGUCCCUGUUUGUAACCACUUUCUUACUUCCACACACCAUACGUAUGCUUCUUUCUCUGUUACACUUCUGGACUGAGGAAUCUUCUGAACCUUUUAUAGUCUUACCAUUUCAAAGCAGAAGCUGGGAAAUGGCAUUAAAUAUUUUUUAAACUCUACUGCACCUAUUUAAAAAAUAUACAUCUCAGAAGGUCAAAGUGAUUGACUUCCUUUCAUAUGGUCCACAUGGCAUGUCCUUGGAUAACUUUUCACAGGGGUCAGUAGAGGUGGUUCAGUUUGGUUUUCCUUGAACAGUGAACAAGGAACUGACCUAUUUCCAGUGAACCUCUGCCAUGAACUCACUGUGGACGCCUGGCAAGAUCUUAAACCUCACCAGUGUGUUGCUUUUGUGAACUGCAAAAUAAAGUAAUGGGUUCUGCUGAAGCCCUAUUAGGGAUGUUGGAGUAAUAAUUUCAGAAAGAAAAAAAAAAGGACAUCUUGAUUGUUGAUUCUAAUGAAGAAAAAAAGUGAUCUAACAUAGAGAGAAUCCAAAUCCACUGUAUUUCACUUGGGAAAGCAGUUUAACAUGUAAGCCUUCAAAGAUAUGAUUCAGAUAUAAACACCCCAUUCCAUGGUGAAAGAUUUUCUCCUCUACAUUACUCAUAGAUUAGCUUCCAGACAUGGAGGUGGUAGCCCAGGGAGGGCUCAGACCCACAUACCAAUCACCUGGAGUAGAUUGUAUGAGUCAAUGCUUUUAGUUCUUCAGGCAAUGCAUACUUAUUCCUGUCACUAUCAGUUGAACCUCCAUACCAUACAUUUCUAAGAAGUAAAUGCCUAGAUGGAUUAAAUGUAGUGUGUGAAUGUUCUAUGUAAAAGCCAAUAGAGUAUAACAAGUGACUUGAAUGAUUUUUUUCCUAACUUGUUUGCAACUGAUAGCUCAUAUUGAAUGUUUUUAUGUAAACUUUGUAUUGUUGGGAAGAAUUACCCAAUCAGAGAUUUAUAUUUUCAUAAAUGUUACAUUUAGUUAAAUUUUGUUACAGAGUUGUUACACUAGAAAAUUAUUUCAGUCUUCAAACAAUAUAUAGUCUUGUGUAUGUAUUGUUUGUAUGAAUAAAAGAUAAACCACUUAAA